UAUAUACUACAAUAAGUGAACCUUCUUGCUAUUCAUAAGUUAUUGCUUUUGUGCAGUUGACAAUAAUGGGGUCCCUCACACAUUUUACUACUAUUGUUUUGUUAAUAUCUGGGUUUCUAAGUAUCCAAGCAGAGGAAAAUAAAUCAUCAAAACCCUGUGAAUUUAAAGCUAUCUUUAACUUUGGUGAUUCCAAUUCAGAUACUGGUUGUAUGUCAGCAGCAUUUUACCCUGCUAUUUUGCCUUAUGGUCGGACUUUUUUCCAUGAGGCUGUUGGUAGAGCUUCUGAUGGCCGUCUGAUCAUAGAUUUCAUUGCGAAGCACCUUGGAUUGCCAUUGUUGAGUGCAUAUAUAAACUCAAUUGGAACAAGUUAUAGGCAUGGUGCAAACUUUGCUGCAGGGUCAUCAACCAUUAGGAGGCAAAACAAGACUUUCUUCGAUGGAGGCACUCCAUUCACUCUUGAAGUCCAAAUAGAACAAUUUUAUCAGUUUAAGACGCGUACUGGGAAGUUCUUCCUGAAAGCAAAUAAAAGUUCCUACACAAGACACUUUCCGAGGCCAGAGGACUUUGACAAGGCUAUCUACACAUUUGAUAUUGGUCAAAAUGAUAUUGCUGAUGUUAUUAAUAAAUUUGGCAAGGAAGAUUCACAAGCAUCGAUCUCAAACAUUGUGGACUAUUUUGCAAAACAAUUUCAAAGUCUACAUUAUUUUGGAGCAAGGACAUUUUGGAUACACAACACAGGCCCUAUUGGUUGUCUUCCAGUGGCUAUGCCAAUGCACAAUGCCAAAAAUCAUAUCUCUGAAGCUGGAUAUCUUGAUAAAAACGGCUGUGUCAAUUAUCAAAACGACAUGGCCAAAGAUUUCAAUGAAAAGCUUAAAGAUGUAGUGGUCAAACUAAGAACAAUGUUCCCUGAUGCUUCAUUCACAUAUGUGGACAUGUUCUCUGCAAAGUACGAGCUAAUUAGUAAUGCUAAUAAACAAGGAUUCGUUGAGCCUUCUAGAAUAUGUUGUGGGUAUCAUGAAUUUGGUUACCAUGUAUAUUGUGGGAAUAAUGCAACGAUUAAUGGUAAACAAAUAUUUACUAGUUCAUGUGAAGAUCCUUCCAAGUACAUUAGCUGGGAUGGCGUGCACUACACUGAGGCAGCAAAUCAAUGGAUUGCCAAUCGUAUACUCGACGGUUCCUUUUCAGAUCCACCACUUCUAAUUGAACACGCAUGUCAUAUAUAACACAUUAGCUUUUACAACCUACCCAUUCUAAAUCCAACUCCAAUUCGUUUAAUCAUAUAUCUUUUUUUUCUGGUUACAUUUCACUAUUCAUCUCAAAUUAAUGAAACGCUUACGGUAAAGAAUUAA